CCCACUGCCGCUCAGCUUCGGCAAAGCGGCUUAGGAAAGGGCCAGGAGGAGCGCUUUCCCUGCGCCGGGCUUCUUCCUGCAGCGGAGAGUGGUUAAUUCAGGAGGCGGAGGCUCCUCCCUCCCUCCUUGCUGCCUCUGCUGUGUUCACGUGAGCCGGAGCCCAGCUGGUACCUGGGCGAGAAGGAGAGGCCGCCCCGCCCGGCGCUGUGGCUGAGCUUUCCCUCCCUUGGACGAAGAGGAGGAGGAGGGACCCCAGAAGAGCAACCCAAGGAACAGCCCGCAAGGAUGGCUCUGCCACCUCCAAGUUACUCUUUUGUUGCAUUUCCACCACAUACAAAAGAUGGCCUUGUAAUAGUGGGAAAAAAUUCUGCACGGCCUCGGGACGAAGUACAGGAAGUCGUCUACUUUGCUGCUGCUACUCAUGAUCCAGGAUGCAAAGUUGAGUGCACAUACAUGGAAAUUGACCAGGUGACCAGAACAAAUGCCAUUGCGUUGAGUAGACCAUCCUGGCUUUGGGGGGCAGAAAUGGGAGCCAAUGAGCAUGGAGUCUUCAUUGCCAAUGAAGCCAUUGUCACUAAAGAGCCAGCCUUGGAAACAGAAGCUCUCCUAGGAAUGGAUCUUGUCAGGCUUGGUCUAGAAAGGGGUGCAACCGCUAAAGAAGCCUUGGAUGUAAUUGUUUCCCUCUUGGAAGAGCAUGGGCAAGGUGGAAAUUAUUACGAAGAUGGGAAUUUGUGUCAUGCCUUCCAAAGUGCUUAUCUGAUCGUGGACAGAAAUGAAUCUUGGGUGCUGGAAACAAUUGGGAAAUACUGGGCAGCAGAAAAAAUGACAGAGGGAGUAAAGUGCAUUUGCAACCAAAUUUCCUUAACCACAAAAAUUGAUGCAGAGCAUCCUGAGCUUAGGAAUUAUGCAGAAAGUCAAGGAUGGUGGACUACGGACACAGAGUUCAACUUUGCUCAGGUUUUUUCUCCAUCUGAUAAGCAUGCAAAUUGUUGUUUGGGGAAGGAGAGCCUAGAAAAGCAGGAAGGCAGCAUCACUGUGCAAACAAUGAUUGAUGUCUUGCGUGAUACGUCUGGUGGUAUAUGUGUGGAUUCAGAAUCUUUUCUUACUACAGCAAGCAUGGUAUCUGUAUUACCUCAGAACCUUAGUUCCCCGUGCAUCCAUUAUUUCACAGGCACACCGGACCCAUCAAGAUCCAUAUUUAAGCCUUUCAUCUUUGUUGACAAUGUAAAAUUUGUACCAAAAAUUCAGUCACCUAGUUUGGGUUGUAGUGAUCCCACUAAAAAAGUUCCCCGGUUCCAGGAAAAACCAGACCGGAGACACGAACUGUACAAAGCACAUGAAUGGGCCCGUUCAGUCAUGGAGAAUGAUGAGGAUAAAGGCAAGGAGUUAAGAACAACCAUGUUGAACCUUGAAAGACAAGGACUGGAAGCAAUGGAAAGCCUCAUAAACAGCUCAGAGAGUCUUGAUGCUUCUGAAGUUGAGGACCUUUUCUAUGACUGUGUUGACACAGAAAUUAAGUUCUUCAAGUGAAUGAUCAUAGACACCGUUAACCUUUCCAUAGAAGACCACGAAGUUCUUCAGGCCUUGAAAGAUAAUCUUGCCAUAUUGCCGACUAUGGGAGGAAAUUGUCAUCUUCCCAGAGGGAUGUUCCUCAGUAGCUGUAUCCGGUUAACACAUUUCUUUCCCCCAUCAUGUGUUGUCCUGUGUGUGUUGUCAAAAGAGAGCAUUCAGUGAAUGGUUCAGUACGGUAUGCAUGCUGGCUAAUGUAAUGCAGGAUACGUUGACUCAUUUGGUAAUGAGAAUUUAAAGCAACAAAGAAGCAGAGUCCAUGAUAUUACAUUUCAAACUAGGUAAUCCUUCAGGAGAAUUUAUUUUCCAAUGUUUAUUAAAAUUGAGCUUGAAAAGAGAAAAGAAAAAAUGUACUAGAUGCAUGAAUGUUCACAAAGAAGUGCUGAGUUUUAAAACAGCCCUUUCCUUAUGGUGUAACUUUUAGCAACGGAAUAGCGCCUGAAAUCGUUCUAAUUUUAGGCUUACUGAGCUUUGUACAUCUUGAAAAACUAGCAGUUGUCUCACUUGCUUCUCCCUCACCCCCUCCUUUCUAUACAUCAAGCUGCGCAGUUUAUGUUUAUAUAAUCCAUGUUUCCUAAGUGUAUUUUUGAAGAGCAUAACUAUAAUUACUGCAAUCUUUCCUGAGUACUUUGAGAGGGAGAGAAAGGACGGCCUCUUUUUGAAGGAAAAAUCAAGAGCAAGAUUUUGACUGCAGGAUCCCUACUGCUGAUGAAAGACAACAAGCUGGAAAUGAUUGGAAUUUGUGCUGCUUGUUUACACUUUAGAAAAUGCUCUCCACUAGCUAGGACAUCAGUGUUAAAGCCGAAAUGUCUCAACACAUGGAAGUAAUGUAAUUUGCAUCUAUGCUAUUUCCACAGAGGUUAAUAAAGGACUUUUGGUCACAUUGUAGUCUUGAGAUUGAGGGAAUUUCAUUUCAAAUAUGAAUUACAACAUAUGAUCAUGUAUAAGUCGACCUCAUGUGUAAGUUGGGGCAAGUUUGGGAACCAAAAUUGUGGAUUUUCAUAUGACUUGUGGAUAAAUUGAGGGUCAUUUUAUAGAGGGGGGAAAGUGCCAGUGAAAUCUAGAGGGUAAGUUGCCCCUGGCUGCCACUAUUUUCCCAUCCAGGCAUUUAAAAAAGCCAGAAGUGGCACCAUGGUGGAAAGACUAGCAAUGGGUCAAAGCUUCUUUUAGGAUGGGCUAAGUUCUUGCUAUUCACCACUAAAAGGAGGAGAUUGUUCCUUUUUCAUAGGAGUGAAAAUACUGUAUUUACCUUGACUUGUGAAUUAGUCAAUCCAGGUAUUUGAGUUUGAUUUUUUAACUUAAAUUUUCUACACUUAUUCACGAGUACACACACUAAUCACAUGGAUGUGCUUUCUUUCAUGGCAGAUCAAUCAUAGAGGCUGCUAUAUAAACUAGAGUAAUUGACUAGAACUGCUGCAUUUUCUUCUGUCUCCUUAAAUCCAGAAGAAUAACAGAUGUUUGCUAUGGAGAGGAUCCUAUCCUUAUGCAGGUUGCUGAUCAUUGCUAAGGAUUCCCACUUUUCCUAGGCAAUACAACUUUUGUCAUCAAACUCUGGUUCUUGAUUUUUCUUUCAGAAGGAAACUUACAGUACUUUUCUGUCUCUCAAAAAAGAUUCUGUCACAAAAUCCUCUCUCCCAAAACUAUAACUUCUCAUGGGAAUAAAGUUUACCCUGGUGUCAGCAUGGUAUUGGAAUGCGUGGAGACAUUCUUUUUGGCAGGCUCGGCCACAAAUUGCUAUAUGGUGAAUUUAGCAACAGCUGUGUGCAUCUGUUUCUCUUCUUAUUAAAUAAUACUUUUUUGGAAUUUUGGGAGUCCUUCUUAGAUGGCUAGUCAGUCAGUAUGUAGGAGGUGCAGGACACUCAAUCCAAACAAUGUCCUACUAUCUCCAUUGCAUGUACAUUCAUUUAGAGGAAAACACUUAAGCAUAGACUAUGUAGUUGGGGCCCUGAUAAUGCAGGUUUCUUGGUUGUGCAUGACUUCUGAUUUUGUUCUUUGCAACCCCCACAUGAAAACUUACAAGGACACAAAGAUUGUCAUUUACAUGUGUGACUCAACCAGCCUUAGUUUGCAGCCAUGAACUUGCAGACCAAAAGGUCCCAGGUUCAAAUCCCGGGAGCGGAAUGAGCGCCCGCUGUUAGCCCCAGCUCCUGCCAACCUAGCAGUUCGAAAACAUGCCAAUGUGAGUAGAUCAAUAGGUACCACUCUGGCGGGAAGGUAACGGCGCUCCAUGCAGUCAUGCUGGCCACAUGACCUUGGAGGUGUCUACGGACAACGCCGGCUCUUCGGCUUAGAAAUAGAGAUGAGCACCAACCCCCAGAGUCGGUCACAACUGGACUUAACAUCAGGGGAAAAACUUUACCUUACCUAAGGAAAGUAGUAACUUCUAGUAUCCUUUUUCCUGUCUGGGCCUUCAUUAUAUAGCUCUCUAAAUUCACAGUUGUACAUCAAAUCUGAUGUGUAAAAAUGAAGUAUGUAUACAUAUGCUUUUUCUUUACUAGGAAAACAAACAGUGAUCCAUUGGCAUUAUGAAAUUUGACAUGCUCUGUUAAAUGAAACAUUCUCCAUGAUUUUGUAUCUUGAUCUAUUUUCUUUGUGUACUUUUUGUCAAAUGUAUAAAGUUCCGUUUUCUAUUACCUAAGAUGUAGAGUGCUUGCUCUAAAUUGGAAUGAGAAGAAUGUGGUCCUCCAACUAUAGCUGGAUUGCAGCUUCCAGCAUCCUGAAGCAACAUAACAAUUGGUGGGAAAUUUAGUCUAACCUCUGGAUGGUGGCAUCGUUCCUUGCAUUACUGUGACUGUUACUGCGUUCUUUCUUAACAGGGUAUAUAGUGGUGAAUGAAAUAACCUUGUACAUGUAGCUCUUCAGUAAAUACGAUCAGAUCUGAGAAAUGAUGCUGCUAGUCUCAUAGUUCACACACAAAAAUAUACUUUAUCAUCAAAUUAACAGAACAGUUAUAACUCUAAGCUGUUCUUAAACUAUUUUCUAAGAAAAGAGUACUUCAUUUUUGAAUGGCACAUACAUCGUAUAAGUAAAUAUAAUUUUAAACAGAUCCAGACAAUUAAGGAAGAUGACUUUUUCUGCAUGCUGCACUUGCUCCAGAGAUUCAGCGUUUCCCCCCUUUUAACUUGGCUAUUUUGAUGUAUCAUCAUCGAGCCCAUGUGAAUGUAAAUGCGAGUCCACAUUGCUCAUGCAUUACAUCUGAUACAUGGAUAAGCUGUAGAGCAGGGAUAUGCAAUUGGUGGCUCUCCAUAUAUGGGUCUGCAUUCCCAUAAGUAUUAAGCUAAUCUCUAACCACUGAACAAUAAUGCACAUUUUGGUGUGAUAGCAUCUGGAGGCUCAUAAGUUGUCCAUGUCUUUUCUACAGCAUUAAUCUGAAAUGUAAAGUUUAAGGUGUCAUUCUGAAAAAUGGUGAGUCAAGGGAGAGAUAUCCCAAGGCAUUUGAGAUUAAGGGACUUCAUAAACACAAGGAAUGGAGGCAAGCAAAGGGAAAGUCUCUUCUGUAAAAUAGAUAUUGGUUUGUGUAGCUCCUUCUGUAAAAACUUCAGAUAUGCCAUAAAAUCCGGUCACAUUGUCUCCUGCAGGUAAUACUGAAACGUCCAAGAACCACUUGAAUCAAUUUAUGAAUCUCUGUUUACAUUAUUUCUUGUGGAAACUAGUAUGUAUAAAGUAUCUGAACCAUUAUGUAUUAGAGGGCAGUGUUGAUUGACAAUAAAAUAGUUUCUGCUCAGAGUGAACGAUUGAGUGGCCACAUACUUCAAAUGCUUUUUUCUGGUAACAUUUAGGCAACAUUGAAAUCUAAGGAUGAAAAUAAAUGCAUAAUUAGA